CAGUUUAGGGUUCUCUUCGUGGAGCAGAACACCACCGCGCUAGGCGCUACCACUGCUUGUUCAACCAUUCCCUCUACUUAACAGCAGUGAUGCACGACCAUCGAGUUCCGCCCGGUUUUGUCUCGCUAACAUCCUUCUCACUGGAAAAGGCCGAGAACAGUGAGGAUUCCAUGCUUCAUGAGAAAGAAGCUCAAAAAAGUUCAGGUCAGAUUGAUUCCACUCCAGGCACUGUUAAUGUGGACCUGCUUAAGGUUUCUGCUAGGAGGAACAGAUCCUGGAUUAUUGAGGAUCACACGGAGCACCUCGAGAAGGGAUAUGAUACUGGCGAUGAUGUUGAGAGCUUGUCUUCAAGAGCUUUUCUUCCCAAGGGAGUAAUUCGAGGAUGUCCAAGUUGUGCUAAUUGCCAGAAGGUUGUUGCAAGGUGGCGUGCUGAAGAGUCAUGCUUGCCUUUGCUUGAAGAAGCUCCAGUGUUCCAUCCUACUGAAGAGGAGUUCGAAGACACACUUAAUUAUGUUGCAAGCAUCCUUCCGCGUGUAGAGCAUUAUGGAGUAUGCCGUAUAGUUCCUCCAACAUCCUGGGAACCACCAUCUUUAAUUGAAGAAAAGGCCACUUGGGAAACUUCGAAGUUUGUAACCCAAAUCCAGCAAAUUGAUGAGCUUGGGGAUCUCUUUCUAAGGAAAAGGUUUCAUAGAGCUCAUUUGGAGAUGAGAAGUAAAAGAAGAAUUUCUUCUAGUUCGGUUCAGGAAUUAUGUGAUGAUUAUAGAAAUGAACCUGAUGGAGUGGACUGCCUAUCUGAUAUCUUUGAGUUUGAAUCUGGGCCAGAGUUUACGCUCCAAACUUUUAACAAUUAUGCGGAUGACUUUAAGAGCCAGUACUUCAGCAAGAGAGACGCGGCUAUUGCCUCAUCUGCAUUAACAGAGCCAUGGGAGCCAUCUAUUCAGAGUAUUGAAGGUGAAUAUUGGCGAAUAAUUGAAAAGCCAACUGACAAACUUGAGGUGCUCCGUGGAGCUGGAGCUAAUAUUGAUGCUAGAGUCCAUAGAAAUGAGUUUCCAGCAAAAUUCAGUAGGCUGAAUACGCCUAAAACUCCUCUUUAUGUAAAGUCUGGCUGGAACUUGAAUAAUACAUCUAUGCUUCAAGGCUCUCUUCUUCGAUAUGACAGCUGUAGCACAUCAUCCAUUUUGUAUCCUCAGGUUACCGUAGGAAUGUGCUUUUCAUCAAACUUCUGGAGAAUUGAAGAGCACCAUUUAUACUCUUUAUGUUACAUGCAUUUGGGUGCUCCAAAAAUGUGGUAUGUCAUUCCUCCGCAGUAUUCUUUCAAGUUUGAGGAAUUUGUGAAGAAGCGGUAUCCAGAAUUGUCAGAACAUCCUUGGUUGCUUCUCAAUAUUGCUACUCAAAUUUCUCCCUCAACUUUGAUUUCAGAGGGUAUACCUGUUUAUCGUUGUGUACAAUAUCCAAAGGAGUUUGUCAUUGUUUUACCUGGAUCAUACCACUCAGAAUUUGAUUGUGGUUUUAACUGUUCUGAGACGGUAAACUUUGCUCCUUUUGAUUGGUUGCCUUACGGUCAGUUAGCUGUAGAACAAUAUAGUGAGUUGCGUAGGAAGACAUCAAUCUCCUAUGAUAAGCUUCUGCUUAGAGCGGUUGGAGAAGCUAUUGAGGCACUGUGGAAAGACUCAUUUAUGAAGGAGCCUUCCAAUAAUCUGCAAUGGAAAAGCGUGUGUGGGAAGGAUGGGAUUUUGACAAAAGCACUCAAGGCCCGCGUUAAGAGUGAAGGCAUGCGGCAAAACUACUUGUGCAAUACUUUUCAAACGCAAGUGAUGGAGAAGGACUUCGACGCCAACACCAAAAGAGAAUGUGUAAUAUGCUAUUAUGAUCUACACCUUUCUGCCGUUGGCUGUGAAUGUUCACCUGGCAGGUACACUUGCCUUCACCACACCAAGCUUGUAUGUUCUUGCGCAUGGAGCUCGAGAUUCCUUCUCUAUCGGUAUGAAAUGAGCGAGCUGAAGACCAUGGUUGAAGCUUUGGAAGGGAAAUUGAGUGCAGUUCAUAGAUGGGGGAAAGAAAAACUUGGAUUAACUCUCCAUUCCCAAACCUGAGGUCCCAAGGAAUCAUGCUUGGGAAAACUUAGAUUAAAGAGUUCAUCAGCAACCCGGGAAGGAAUAAACAAUAGCGUAAAGAUGUCACAUGUCUAGAUUUUAUUGGAGAAAGAGAACACAGAUGAAUAACACCUGUGCUAUUUUUACUUCUAGAUGAAUCUACGUGUCGUGUUUA